UUGACUGCAAGAGAUGUCAGGCUGAUAUGAUGGCGGUGAUGACAGGGUGAGUUUAGUGGAUGGGGAGGGCUCAGGUAACACAGCAGGCUUUAAAAAGCCUUCUCUUGCUUCAUCUCACUUCUUCAGCCAUGUGGAUGGAGGAGGGAACGCACUGCUCCUGAGUGUUGUGGCCAAACAAAACUUCCUGCAAAGACACUCUUUCUUCUUUGCUACACAGGAAACAAACAUUUUCUUCUUCUGCUCCAGGAAGACUUUACUUUAAAUAGCUUUUCCUGAGGAUUCUCUCUAUUUAUAGUGACCAUGGAGAGGUGUACUGGACCCUCCCCGACCUACAAACAUCCUCACCCGUUUGUUCAUGAAGUAAAACUGACCACGGCUCAAAAAAUUCAGAGGAUCAUACUGGGCUGUGUCCUGGUCCCCGUUCGUGUAACUCUUGCCACCCUUUUCUUCCUGCUCAUGUGGCCCAUUGCUCGGCUCCGGCUAGCUGGUCUGUCGCAGGAGGAAAGGGUGAAACCGGUCCAAGGCUGGAGGCGAUGGGUUUUUCAUCCCAUCAUAGUACUCCUGAGUCGAUCCGUGUUCUUCUCCAUAGGCUUCGUCUGGAUAAAAGUCAAAGGUCAGCAGGCGACCCAGAAAGAGGCACCCGUGCUGGCUGUGGCACCCCACAGUGGCUUUCUGGACAUGCUGGUACUCAGUGUAGCGGGACUGCCCACAGUGGUGUCGCGCUCUGAGAACGCCAAUUUGCCAGUUAUCGGAGCGCUUUUGGAGUUUAACCAGUCCGUGUUGGUGAGCCGGAAGGAUCCGGAGUCGAGGAGGAAGUGCGUGUCUCAAAUCAAAGAAAGGCUCACUUCCAAUGGUUACUGGCCUCAGAUGCUAAUGUUCCCUGAAGGAACCACCACAAAUGGUCGAGUCCUCAUCAAAUUCAAGCCUGGUGCUUUCUUGGCCGGCGUGCCAGUUCAGCCAGUCUUGCUUCACUACCCUAAUAAAAUAGACACUGUGCGUUGGACUUGGAAAGGGACUUCAUGGAUUGCUAGUCUCUGGUACACUGCCUCUCAGUUCUACAGCAACGUUACAGUGGAGUUCCUACCAGUUUACACACCCUCCCAGCAGGAAAAGGAGAACCCGGAGUUAUUUGCAGAUAACGUUCAGAAACUCAUGGCUGAAGUCCUGGGAGUUCCCGCCACAGACUAUGUGAUGGAGGGGCGUUUUCCUGUUACAAAGUUAGGCGGCCUCUCUCUUCCACUUGAGUCUCCUUCCAAGGAAACCCUGAAAAUGCUCAAAUGUCAAGGUUUCCACGUAUCCAGCGUUUCCCUUGACACUUUGUACACUAUGGAGCACUUGCAUGUGACGUCACAGCCGAUCCAGAUUGUGACAGACGCCAUCGUGUCGGUCAAACGCCAUAUUCCGCCUUCUACUUCUACCUUUUCUUCUGGAAAACCCUACUAUAUACAAUUCUACUACAACGGCUGCGGCUACAAGCUCUCCCUACCUGUGCACGUUUUUUAUGUUUUUUGUGUGUAUUUUUGCGUGUUGUUCGUCUGUACCGGACUUCAAUAUCCACUACAACCGUAUGGACUUGCUGGACAUUGGUUUCCAGCAGAAAAUGACGGUUUGUAGUGAUUUCCAUCGCAUGCACAACAUUCCGGACGAGGAGAAAAAAAAAACAUUCCGGGCGAGACCAGCGGGGUCUCCGUGGAUUGUUAUCAGAAGCAAAGCGAAGGAGGCGGCGCCGGGAGCAAAAGCGAGGCUGCAGAGCCGGCCUGUUGACUAAGCUCAGAAAACAGCCACUCAAAUCUCCACUGCCAAGCCUCUACCUCUCCAACGCCAGAUCCAUGUAAACAACACGGACGAUUUGGAAUUACCUUAUUCUAUAAUCGGCUGGUCAGUGCUAUACUCAAUACUUAAGUGACUUACCCAUCCAGUGAGGAUUAUUUUCUUGUUUACAAGAUGCCACAUCUGAGUCGCUGACAAAUCCUGAAUUUCUAUAAAGAAAACUGUCCAGAGAUUUAUAAGCACACAGUGCUUCACCACUGAACAGCGAGGGAAAGUUAAUGAGGUAAUAUACACGUCCGGGUAUUCCGCUGGCAGUUCAAAAUCCGGUCGUGAAAACUCCGUCCGGUAAGCCAUAAGGGUCACAAAUCUGUAGAUCGUUUAUUUUAGACAUGUAUCUAGUUAUCUGUUCAUUAGAAAAAUGAGCCGUGUAGUCCAUCGGUUGAAAUUGAUCCAUUCUGUACACAAGUGCAGCAGUAUUCAGCGGUGUUUUUGACCGACAAGAUGGCGGUUGUGUACUUUCCGGUCACGUGACUGCAAGAUCUCUAUUGGCAUCAUCUUAACCAGCUUCAUGAGGUAGUCACCUGGAAUGUGUUUCAGUUAACAGGUGCGUCUUGUCCAAAGUUAAUUAAUGCGAUUUCUUGCUGCCUGAAGGCAUUUGAGAUCAAAUGAUUUAAAAAAAAAAAUUGUCAAUAGCCCUAUUCCGCGAUUGUAGUAAUCCAUAUGUCAAGAACUGCUCAACUAAGCAAAGAGAAAUGACAUUGUUACUUUAAUACACGAAACAUUUAAUUAGGUGUCAAAACUUUUGACUUGGAUUGCCUGUUAUUAGUGAACAAAAUGACUGCGGUUGUUACAGUAUUUCAAAACAGCUAUAUUUACUUUUUUUUAAGUAAAAUAUAAUCCUAAAUUUAGUACUUGGAUUCUUUCAACUUGAAUGAAAAAUCAAACAAGUUACUGGAGUGCUUUCCAAAAAUUACAGUAGCACCCAUAAUUGUAAGUGUGGUAGGGGAUUUCAUUUUUCUUUUGUUUUGUGUUGUUUUACCCUUGAAAACCUCCACUUUUGAAACAAGGCAGUGGCUAUUCUUAUGAUGAGUUGUAAGAAAUUUUCCCUAUUCUUAUAACAUGGCGCAUACGCAAAUCAGUAUCGCCUGUUCUUGCGCCUCACCCCGACGUCAGGGUCGUAAGAAUUAUGCUUACAGCAUUGGGCAUAAAAAUAUUUUUAGUGUUAGCUAGCACAUAUGACAAAAAUUACCCAUUUCAAUAAAAACGAGCAAAUAAAAUAGAAAUGGGAAGUGAUGUCAUUGCCUCCUGAAGGAGUUGAAAGCUUGGGUAUGUCCAAGAAUUUUGUGCAGUAAAAGUUUUAUAACUUUUUUUUUUUUUUUUUUUUUUAAUGGAAUUGAUUGCUGUGUAAGUGAAAAUCUUCAACAUAAAAUAGAAAUGAUUUGCUACUUUUGGCUUUGCCUUUAUGGGCAACAUGGUUUCUUUGCCUGGUUUAUUUUCUCUAAAGCUUCAGUGGCUGCCCAUACUUUAAAGAUACAUGGCAACUAUAGAAGAAAUAAUUUCCUUAUCCAUUUUAUUUUGGUACCUAAUGUCGGUAUCUGUUUUCAUAAUAUGGCAUUUUAUUAUUUUUUCCUAGUAGGACAUAAACAGGUUGACUUUACACCACGUAGCCCAGGCAGACUGGUCAAUAUGAAUAAGAAUAUUAUCAAGGACCGCUCCCACCCUGGCUUUGAUCUGUUCGACCUGUUGCCCUCAGGGAGGCGCUACAGGUGCAUCAGGACAAAGACAAAUCGGUUAAAAAACAGCUUCUUUCCAAAAGCCAUAACUGCCCUGAACUCGGAUAUGCUCUGACUUUAUAGUCCAUUUUAUUUUACUAAUUUAUAAUGUGCAGUACUUUUAUAAGAUGACUGUCUAUGCAAUACUUUUAUAAUGUGCAAUACCACACUCCAUAAUGUGAAACGCAACACAUUCACCUCAGGACUGUGCACCUUACACACAAUACAUACACCUCAAGCCUGUGCACCUUGCCUUACAAUAAUUCAUAAUGUGUAAUAUUUUAUCUUGUGUGACUCUCUUGUGCAAUAAUUUAUAAUGUGACUGUCUCUGUGCAAUACUUUGUGUAAUACCUCACUCCAUAAUGUGUAACACAACACAUACACCUCAGACUGUGCACCUUACUCCCCCCCCCACACACACACGCUGUUUGCACUGUUAUUGGAGAUGCUUUAAUCUCGUUGUACAUGUGUAUAGUGACAAUAAAGGCAUUCUAUUCUAUGACAAAAAUGCAAAUUGUACUAGCCUGGGCCCGCCCAUCCUAAGCGUGACACAACACGAGGGCCUGUUGCGAGCUUAGUCUGGCCAGGCCAAGCUAUCUCCAGCUCUUCCAAGCUCCUGAAAAAUCGGGAGCCAAUCAACUUUGAGCAUCUCCAACGGCCCUGGGUAGAGGCGUGUUCAAGGCAGUGACGUAGUAGAACUGCGACCGGAAGCCAUAGAUUGUUUACAGAAUCUAUGCCGGAAGCGCUUCAUUCACUAGAAACAUUACGAACAUGGAGCAGCGGCAAGCCUUUGACACAGCGGUAGAUGCUGUAUUGAAAGCGUUCAACGGGAAGUUCUCGUUGAAAACGGAGCAAAGAGCAGCCCUGGAGGUAUUUAUCUUCCUGUUACUCAAGCAGUUUCCGUCGCAUCACAUGCGUCAGAGGAAAGAGUGAUGUGAUUGGUUUAAGCUUCGUCACAGCCUUUUCUGGCUUCGACCAGUAGCAAACAGGCAUUUCAGGGAGGCGGGUCAACCACACCUUUGGGAAACGGUUGGGCUUAAUAUCUUUGCCAGACCAAAUGCUCGCAGAGCUUUGAAGUCGCGUUAGCCAGACUAAAAUUGUACUACUUCGGCCUUGCAUCUACUUUUUUGGUGUCUUGCUAUCGGUUUCCUGCACCGAGCUGCUGGUUUCUUCAGCCAUUUGCACGUGCGCUACCGGAACUUGCGUUCAUGUCAUAAGAAUGGGGAAAAGAUUAUUCGCCACUGCCUUGAAACAAAAUGGAGAAAAUGGCAUAUUUUUGACUAUCUCAGUGUCUGUGCAUCAGUUACUUUUUUUUGUAAUUUUGUUUGACUCCGAUGUUUACAUACUGUCAUUCUA